AAAAAAACCUCACUUACUAUUCGAACACGCUUAUCCGCAUUGACUACACGAAAAAACACCACCACCGGUGGCUCGAUCUGUAGCUGCAAUUGUCAACACACAGAGAGAGAGAGACAUGUCCCGUAGCCACAAAAAUGUCGAACAAAGUGCAAACCCAAAGCCAAACUUCCCAUGGAAGGUGAAGCUCCUCAUGGGAGCAUUUUCGUGGAUCUCCGACGCCUCAUUCCGCCCCAACGUGAGAGUCAACCGCCGCCUCUUCAACUUCUUCGACUUCAAAGUCCCUCCCUCUCCCAAUCCCCCCGAUGGCGUUGCCUCCUCUGACACCACCUUUGACCCUUCUCGCAAACUCUGGUUCCGCCUCUACAACCCAACCCCCACCCCCACCCCCACUGGCUGCGAUCCAAACCACGUCGUCGGCAUGCCCGUCAUCGUGUUCUUCCACGGCGGCGGCUUUGUCAUCGGCAAGGCCAACUCGAUUUGGGUGGACAAAGCGGCGCGCCGGCUCGCCAGAAAACUCCGCGCCAUCGUCGUCUCCGUCAACUACAGGCUGGCGCCAGAGCAUCGGUUCCCGUGCCAGUACGAAGACGGUUUCGACGCGCUGAGAUUCAUCGACGAAAUGGACGGAGACGAUCUGCCGGCCAAUGCUGAUCUUAGCCGUUGCUUUCUCGCCGGAGAGAGCGCAGGAGGGAACCUGGCCCACCACGUAGCGGUCAGAGCCGGCGAGUACGGCUUCAAGAGGGUAAACCUCCUCGGGCUGAUAGCAGUACAACCGUUUUUCGGAGGGGAGGAGCGGGUCGAGUCCGAGAUCCGAUUAUCCUGGGGCCCGACUCUGAGACUGGACUCGGCGGACUGGUAUUGGAGAGCUUUUUUGCCGGACGGGUCGGACAGGGACCACCCGGCGGCGAAUGUGUUCGGACCGAAUGCGGGUGAAAUAUCGGGCGUGAAGUUCCCGGCUGCGCUUGUUAUAGUUGGAGGGUGCGACCUGUUACGGGAUAGGGACAUGAGGUACUGCGAGGGGCUGAAAAGAUCGGGAAAAGAGGUAUACCUGGUGGAUUAUCCGAAAGCGGUCCACGGGUUCUGGAGCAUGGGCGUGAGGCCCGAAUAUUGUUUGUUUUUAGAACAAGUGAGGGAGUUCAUGCAAAAGCAAAUGGCCGAAUAUUGAGGUACUCGAUCGGUAGUCGGUACUCCUGCAACCUUUUCUUGCUGUUGCAUGCAUGCAUGUGAAUUGUGAUCGAUCGAGCAAUAAAUAAAUAAAUAAUCUUCCAAA